GAGUUCGGUGUUUAAAGUUCUGUGUAGAUGGACUUCGGCUUAUUGUGAAAUGUUUAAUGACAAAAAGUAGAUGUCAUUUUACACGAUGUAUUUGUCAGUAUUACAGGAUUUUUUACUUUUGACUUAGUCCAAUUUACACAUUACAUUCAACAUUUGCAACAUUGGACAUGUAAUAGCACUAACAACAUAGCACUGACUUUUGACUCAAAUCCCCCGUCAUAGGUUCUCUUUAUCUGGUUUCAACAUUGUGUACGGGUCAAAAAGGGGGCAUACUAUAUAAGGUCAGUAAAAGUACAACUACCUAAACGUGUCCUUGUAACCUCUAUAGAACUAAUUUCCCUAAUACAACCCGCAGACAUAAGCUAUCAUUGGGCUUAUGACUAACUGGUGUAUAUGUUUGAGUUAUAAAACACAACGAAUGGCCUUUGGACUGUUUUGUUUUCUGAUGUAAUUAUGGAGUAAUACAAAUACAAAUGUAACUUUGCUUAUGUGUGGUGUUUGUGUUAUAGUAAAAGCUCUCUACGGCACAGCAUUGGAGUAUUUGUAAUAUAAAGAGAAGGGAUCUAUUGGGAUUUAAACUAAACACAGCAAGAAUUUCUCGCCAUUAAGUGAAUGUUGAUCACUCAUAUAGACCUAUAUAUUGUGUGUUUUGGUGAGAUCGCUUUACAAACAUGAGCAACUUGUGGGAAAUUGUGUCAUCAUAUGUGGAUGCUACAACUAUUUUAAUAGCUUUUGUAUUCUUGCUUAUUAUUGGAUUUGUGCUCUCAAAGCAGGAACGAUCUGGUAUACCCCCUGGACCGUCAUAUUGGCCAAUUGUUGGAAACAUACUGGAAAUGAAGUUAACAUUUGCAUGCAAGAGGCAUAAAUAUUUCGAACAACUUCAAGAAAAACAUGGCGAUAUUUUUCGAAUUUAUUUUGGCAGUCAACUGAUGAUAGUUUUAAAUGAUUUCGAAUCUGUUGACGAAGCUUUUGUUAAACAAAAGGAUGUUUUUAGUAUUCGACCAGCAAAGAAGCUUUGGUCAGUUAAUCGGACUAUUCAAAAUGGGAAGGGAGUUAUCUGGUCGAGUGGACAAGAAUGGAAAGAUGCGAGACGAAUGGCCCUCCAUACCCUUCGUGAUCUUGGAGUUGGAAAAUCGACACUUGAGGAAAGGAUUAAAGACGAAACUAAUGUUGUUUUGGACUUUUUGUUCAAAUCAGAAGGAACGUCUUUCUGCGCACAUGAAAUAAUGAUGAAGGCUACCACCAAUAUUAUCAGUAGUGUUGUAUUUGGUAAGAGAUAUCACUAUGAUGACCCAGGAUUUCUAAAAAUCAUGGAAGUCAUAGACGCAGGAUUUAAGAGCGAUGGACCAUUUUCACCCAUCAAUGAGUUUCCACUGCUUCGAUUUAUGCCAUUUUUAGCGUCCAAAUUAUUGGCCAUUACUAAUGCUGUUGAGCAGGCAGCGAAGUUUAUUUCUGAACGCGUUGAGGAACACAAACGGGCUUUCAGCAAAGACAAUAUAAAUGAUUUUAUUGAUGUUUGUCUAGAUAUCGGUGAAAACAGUGAAUCCUCAUCAAUUAGUGAGGGGUGCCUGCGAAGAAGCAUUUUGGAUCUGUUUCUGGCUGGUUCUGACACGACAGCUACCACCCUUGAUUGGGCACUACUUUUUAUGAUCCUCAACCCGGAAGUGCAGAAGAAAUGUCAAGAGGAAAUCGAUGAUGUGGUCGGUGAUAGUCGCAUGGUCGGUUGGUCUGAUAAAUCUAAAAUGCCGUACAACGAAGCUACACUUCUAGAGGUUCAACGCAUUGGAAACACCAUACCGGCAUCACUUCCGCAUACAGCCUCUAGAGAUACUGUUGUUAAAGGUUACCUUAUCCCAGCAGGAUCUUUGGUUUAUGCAAAUAUGUAUGCCUGUCAUCUCGAUUCUAGAUAUUGGAAGGAACCUUUGAAAUUUAAACCAGAACGGUUCAUUGAUGAUACAGGGAAGGUAUCGAAACAUAAUGCUUCUUUUAUGCCCUUUUCAACUGGCCCAAGAAUGUGUGCAGGUGAACCGCUAGCUAGGAUGGAAUUGUUUCUGUUUUUUACUAACGUUUUACAGAGAUUUUCUCUUUCAACCCCGAGCAGUGAAACACCCAGUGCUAAUGGAAUAUGUGGGCUGAGCUUGUCGCCACCACCAUACAGUAUUCACGCCAAGCGGCGAUAAACGAAUAAUUCUGCUAUAAUUAUGACUUUCUUUUAUAAUUGUAUUAUUAUUAUAUCUAACAAUUAUUAGGGGUGGGAGUUGUGAAUGUUCCUCCAUUUUAUACUGUAUCCUAUUCACCAAUAAAGGAAAUAAAACAAAUCAAUAAUAAAGGUACUUUUAAAGCUUCA